ACCGACAGUCGACACCCUGGUAGUCAGGCAGACCUCGCAUUUGGUCUGUAUGUGAAGAUGGGGAAGGAGCUGCUACUGAGCCUGAGCUUCUUCGUGCUCUGUGUGGUCUUUUAUGGAAACACUCAAGUUUCCAAGCCGACUGUGAUCCUACAACCCAGUGGACCUUUUGUAUAUAGUGGAGAGAAAGUCACUCUGAGAUGUGAGAUCUGGAGAGCAGGAGGAAGAACUCAGUGGACGUAUGAAUGGAAAAGAAACAAUGGAAACACUGAAAAAAGAUCCAAGGAAUACAGAAUCAACAGAGUCUCUGACACCAACAGUGGACAGUACAGCUGUAUAGCUAGAGGAGGUCAUCAGCUAACAGAAUGGAGCGAUGCCGUCACACUGACAGUGAGACCAGAUAAACCCAGAGCCAAACUGACAGCAGUCAGAGCAAUCAUACCAGCAGGGGGCAGAAUAACACUGAGCUGCUCUGUGGACGAAUCUGAUAACUGGAAGUUUGACUGGUUCAGAAAUUAUCAACAAUAUUCUGCAGAUCAGUUCAGAGGAACCAGUGAUCCAAACAGAGUCAUCAGUGUCUCAGAUGAAGGUGUUUACAGCUGCAGAGGAGGAAGAGGAGAUCCAGUUUUUCAAACAGAAAAAAGCGAAGACGUCUUAGUUCUGAAAACCAUUUCCAAGCCGACUGUGAUCCUACAACCCAAUCGGACUGUUGUAUAUAGUGGAGAGAAAGUCACUCUGAGAUGUGAGAUCCAUGAAGGAGGAACUGAGUGGACGUAUGAAUGGAAAAGAAACAAUGGAAACGUUCACAGAAGAUCUGGUGAAUACAGGACCAUUACAGUUGAUGAAUUUCACAGUGGACAGUACAGCUGUAUGGCUAGAGGAGAUCAUCAGCUAACAGAAUGGAGCGAUGCCGUCACACUGACAGUGAGACCAGAUGAACCCAGAGCCAAACUGACAGCAGACAGAACAAUCAUACCAGCAGGGGGCAGAAUAACACUGAGCUGCUCUGUGGACGAAUCUGAUGACUGGAAGUUUGACUGGUUCAGAAAUUAUCAACAAUAUUCUGCAGAUCAGUUCAGAGGAAGCAGUGAACCAUACAGUGUCAUCAGUGUCUCAGAGGGAGGUGUGUACAGCUGCAGAGGAGGAAGAGGAGAUCCAGUUUUUCAAACAGAAAAAAGCGAAGACGUCUUAGUUCUGAAAACCAUUUCCAAGCCGACUGUGAUCCUACAACCCAAUCGGACUGUUGUAUAUAGUGGAGAGAAAGUCACUCUGAGAUGUGAGAUCCAUGAAGGAGGAACUGAGUGGACGUAUGAAUGGAAAAGAAACAAUGGAAACGUUCACAGAAGAUCUGGUGAAUACAGGACCAUUACAGUUGAUGAAUUUCACAGUGGACAGUACAGCUGUAUGGCUAGAGGAGAUCAUCAGCUAACAGAAUGGAGCGAUGCCGUCACACUGACAAUGAGACCAGAUGAACCCAGAGCCAAACUGACAGCAGACAGAACAAUCAUACCACCAGGGGGCAGCAUAACACUGAGCUGCUCUGUGGACGAAUCUGAUGACUGGAAGUUUGACUGGUUCAGAAAUGAUCAACAAUAUUCUGUAGAUCAGUUCAGAGGAAGCAGUCAUAAAAACAGCGUCAUCAGUGUCUCAAAGGGAGGAGAGUACAGCUGCAGAGGAGGAAGAGGAGAUCCAGUUUUUCAUACUGAAAAAAUGUCUGGGCCGACUGUGAACCAGCAUCCCAGCUGGCCUGUCGUAUUCAGAGGAGAGACGGUCACUCUGAGAUGUGAGAUGCAGGAUGAUGAAGGAACUCAGUGGACGUAUGAAUGGAGUCCAAGCAACAGAAAAUCUCCAACAUCCAAUGAAUACAGGAUCAGCAGCGUCUCUGAGUCUGACAGUGGGAGCUACAGGUGUUUGGCUAGGAAAGGCUAUCAGAGAUCAGGCUGGAGCUUUCCCUUUAAACUGACAGUGAACUCAAAUCGACCCAAAGCCUCAAUAAAAGCAAGUGCUAACAUCAUACCAGCAGGGGGCAGUGUAAGACUGACCUGCUUUAUGGACAUCGGUGUUGGCUGGAAGGUUGACUGGUUCAGACUGGAGUCCAAGUCUUCUACAGCUCAGCCCAUCAGAACCAAUGAAUCGGAUGGAGUCCUCUCCAUCUCAGAGGGAGGAGAGUACAGCUGCAGAGGAGGAAGAGGAGAUCCAGUUUUCUAUACUGAAAAAAGUAACGUUCAGAAAAUUGUGUCUGGGCCGACUGUGAACCGGCAUCCCAGCUGGCCUGUCGUAUUCAGAGGAGAGACGGUCACUCUGAGAUGUGAGAUGCAGGAUGAUGAAGGAACUCAGUGGACGUAUGAAUGGAGUCCAAGCAACAGAAAAUCUCCAACAUCCAAUGAAUACAAGAUCAGCAGCGUCUCUGAGUCUGACAGUGGGAGCUACUGGUGUAAGGCUAGUAAAGGCAAUCAGAGAUCAGACUGGAGCUCUGAAUUUAAACUGACAGUGAACUCAAAUCGACCCAAAGCCUCACUAACUGCAAGUGCUAACAUCAUACCAGCAGGGGGCAGUGUAACACUGACCUGCUUUAUAAACAUCGGUGUUGGCUGGAAGUUUGACUGGUUCAGACUGGAGUCCAAAUCUUCUACAGCUCAGCCCAUCAGAACCAAUGAAUCGGAUGGAGUCCUCUCCAUCUCAGAGGGAGGAGAGUACAGCUGCAGAGGAGGAAGAGGAGAUCCAGUUUUCUAUACUGAAACCAGCAGAGAGGUCACUAUUCAGAAAACAGUUCCCAUUACACCAACUGUGAUCCAACAUCCCAAUUGGGCAAAGAUCUACAGAGGAGAGAGAGUCACUCUGAGAUGUGAGAUCCAGGAUGAUGGAGGAACUCAGUGGACGUAUGAAUGGAGACCAACCAAUAUAAACUCUCCAACAUCCAGUGAAUUCAUGAUCACUGCUGAUGGCAGAGGAUAUUAUAGCUGCAGAGGAAGAAGAGACAGUUUCACCUUCACAGAGUGGGGAGUCAUCACAUUAACAGUGUUAUCAUCCAAACCUCAGCCUGUCCUCUCUGUGUCUCCAUCAUGGCCGAAUCCUGGAGCCUCAGUGACUCUGAGCUGUGAGGGUUUGAAGCAUCAAUCAGCAGGAUGGAGGUUCUUCUGGUUUAAAACUGUUCCUGAUAUAUCCCAGCAAAACUAUCGACCAUUCUACAGCUAUGAGCUGCUGCCUGGCAGCACCAAUGGGACUGAGCAGAACUCCUUCAUCAUUAAUGGACCGACUCACACAGCAGGAUUUGUGUGCAGAGCAGGAAGAGGAGAACCAAAGUUUUACACUGAUUACAGUGAACUAAAGUUUGUCUGGUCUGCAGGUUCAGCAGCAGCUUCUCUCACUGUGAGUCCUGACAGAGUUCAACACUUUAUGUCUGAAUCUGUCACACUGACCUGUAAAGGAAACUCUACUGACUGGAGAGUGAAGAUGUUUACAGAAACAGACGGACUGUCAGACGUUACCUGCUCAAACUGGGGGAGAAUGACUGGAUCUACAUGUACCAUCGACAUGUACUGGUCUGAUAGUAGAGUGUACUGGUGUGAGUCUGGAUCAGGAGAGUUCAGCAAUGCAGUGAACAUCACUGUACAGGAUGAUUAUCGUUAUGGUGUUAUCCUGGUGAGCCCUGUUCAUCCUGUGACUGAAGGAGAUCCUGUUACUCUGAUCUGCAGAGAUAAAAAACAAAAACUUCUCUCCAAUGUAUUUUUCUAUCACAAUAAUAAACUCAUCAAUAAUGACAGCAGAGAGGAGCUGAAUAUCUCUGCAGUGUCAAAGUCAGAUGAAGGUUUCUACAAAUGUCAACAUUCAGGAAAAGAGUCACCAAGGAGCUGGAUGUCUGUUAGAGUAACUGUAUCCAGUCCUGUCAGUUCUUCAUUUCCUGUCAUGUUGGUCGUUGGAUCAGUUGUUGGAAUCGUUCUCAUUAUUCUCCUGCUCUUGUUGUGGCGCUGCAGACGGUCCAAAGAUUCACGGUGUAUCAGUUUUCUCUGUUUCAGCUCCAAUCAGUCAGAGAGCAGCAAUCAGAGCUCCAACAGAAACGACAUCGUCAACCAGACUGGAAGCCAUGAUUACAACGCUCUUGUUCACGAUAAUGUUGGUCUCUAUGAGUCGGUCAAAACCCCUGAAGCUGCAGGAGACGGUGAUGCUCAUUUCUAUGAGUCGGUUAAAUACCCUGAAACUGCAGGAGAAGAAGAAUCGGAAGGUGCUGCAUAUUGUCUCGUUGAAGUGGUGAACGUAGGACACAAGAGGAAGCCUCAUGAGCGCACUUCUUACUCUGUACUGAGAACAGGAGAUUCAGGAACAUGGAGUCCUGCAGCAACAGAUGAGGCCGUUUAUUCAGAAAUCGCCAUGGAUACCGCAAGCGAAGCUGGUUCAAGCUGCUAAAUACGAGACAAACUUUGCUAUAAGGAUGUAAAGAAAGCUGCGUUUAUAAACACAAAGCAUUUCAACAAUAAAAUGAAAUAUAGCCAGAUGUUUGUAGUUUUGAUAUACAUGCUUAUGAAGGAUCAAUAUUGUUUUUGAGCAUAAUCUAUCAGCUUUUUAUUUAAUUCAUGUUUGAGAAUUUGCAACAUUGCAUUUAGGCUUUUUGAGAAAGUAGCGAGAGGGAAAAGUGAGAUAUAUGAACUUCUGUAACUUAGGAGCUUUUUUGCCUGACUAAAUUUUAAACGAUGUUAAUUUCGCACAUAGCAUAGAUAAACUUUUAUUUGUCAUUAAAUUUGAGCCACAAUCCCCAGAAUUACAAGCAAUAAAAUCUUGUAAUAUCUCA